AAGUUAGACAAUUUAUUUCAUACGGUUACCAACUAAAAAAGUACCAAGAGCUAUUAAAAAUGGUUCGUGUGGGCAAGAAACAUUUGGAAAUCGCCACCGCAUUCCUGUCUUCAGCCGGAGGGUUCGGCGGUGCUGCUUUUGUAACGCUCCUAUAUUUCACGGACUGGAAAGUAUUCGUCGCAAAUAUACCCUAUUACAACGGAAAGUUUAAGGGACUCAAAGAGGAGGAGUGAAUAUUAAGAAGGUUGUUCCUAAAACUGUAUAGUUAAUUUAUUUGUGUAAACUGUGAAUUGGUGACUAUGUAAUUAUAUCUUAAAAGUUUCAAAUUUAUGAGUAUUAUUUUAUCUGUACCCUGACAAACCAAUUGUAAAAUCUUAGAUUCUCUCUUAGUAUGUGUACUUCCAAAACUUAUAAUUUAUGGAGACCCCUACUGCUAUUUGUAAUUACUAUUCUAAGCUGUUCAUUUAAUGAGUAUCAGUAAGAAUCAAUUGCAAGAAAAAUUUAAGCACCAGUAUCAUAAACUUAGAUGUACCAUAUACGAGUUAUCCUGUUUAGAUUUUAAAUAAAACUUGAAAUUCAAG